CUGAAUUUAUUCCAAAAAUCCAGACUAUAGAGAAACAAUACAACUAAGCAUUAAUUAAGAUAAGAAAAGCGUUUCUCAAAAUACUUGGCAUCCAACGGUUGCAACAACUAAGACAACGCUAAUGCACAUUCAAAUGCUUUAAUCUCAUAUCAUCAGCCAUAUAUAUAAAUAUAUGAAGAAAAUUGAUUGAUGAAUAAUCACAAAAAAAAAAGAAAAAAAAAAUGACGAGGAAGAAAGUAACAUUGGCGUACAUUAGCAACGAGUCGGAGAGGAAAGCUUCAUACAAGAAGCGGAAGAAGGGGCUGAUGAAGAAGGUGAGCGAGCUGAGCACGCUAUGCGGCGUGGACGCGUGCGCCAUCGUCUACAGCCAAUACGACGCCGUGCCGGAGGUGUGGCCGUCGCCGCUGGGGGCGCAGGCCAUCCUCGCCCGCUUCCGCAAGCUCUCCGACAUGGACCAGAGCCGCAAGAUGGUCAACCAGGAGAGCUUCACGCGCCAGCGGAUCAAGAAGGCGGCCGACCAGCUCCGCCGCCUCCAGAAGGAGAACCGGUGCCGCGAGCUCGAGGCGCUCAUGUUCCGCUGCAUCUCCGGCGCCGCCGCCCUCGACGACUUCAGCCUCCCCGACGCCGCCGAGAUGGGCUGGGUCAUCAGCCAGACGCUCAGGGACAUCAACGCGCGGAUGGAGGCCGUGGCGGCGGCGGAUCACCGCCGCCGUCAGCCGCCGCCGAUCGCGAUGCCUCCUCCGCCGCCGCCGCCGCCCGACGAGGUGGCGGAGCCCCACGGAUUGGAGGAGUGUUUCCCGUGGAACCUGGUGCAGAGCCCGUCGGCCGGCGGCGGAGGCGGCGGCGGCGGUUUUGACGGCGGCGGCGGGCUUGGGUGGGAUGCGGGGAUGGUGCUGCCGUAUCCCUACAUUUUCAAUCAUUCUAACUCUACUCAAACUGGCCACAUUCAUUUCAAUCAUUGACGCUUUUUUCAGGAGUUCUAUGUUUUUUGCUUUUUUCUUUUUUUAAUUUAGGUUGUGAAUUAAUUAAUCCAACCAGUUGCAUUUGCUUGAAAUCAUGUCAUGACUAAUUUAGAAGUUAUAUGUUUAUUGUCCAGUAAUCUAUGUAAUUCCUAUCCUGGUUGGUUGGUUGAUAUAUGUGAUUCAUAUCUGCAGUUGCGUGGUUUAUUUUUGAUUAAA